CGCCACGGCUUCUCCAUACCGGGCCAUUUGUUUUGUUUUUGAAAAAAAUAGUUGAUCAAAUUCCACACUGUGUUUUAGACACCGAUGUUCUCGUCGAGACAUACGUCUACAUGUAUUACUGAAAAUGCAUGCACGAUUCGCUGUAGGGAAGUCUAAAUCAAGUAAGAGUAAGCCCAACAUACAGACGUCCAUCAGUAAAUUCUUUGCUUCAACUACUAAGAAACCAGAGAGCGACAGUGCAAACAAAUCGGGGAUUAAUUUGAAUAAUCUCCACCUUGGAGUGGGAUUGAAGAAGAAGCAUUGUGAAGAUGCGGAGGAGUCGCCAGGGAAACGGGCCAAGCUGUCCCAUGAUGGAGACCUUGAGGGUAUGGACACUGAUGCCACUGCCAGUCACAGUAGCCAAGAGCCAAGUCCUAGGACGCCCAAGGCUACCCUAUCAUGCACCACCCUGAAGAGGCUGAAAGGCUUCAGCUGUGCCGGUACUACAGUGCAGGCCAAUGGUGAAGCUGAGGCUAGAGAGGCAGAUCUGUCCUGUGGAGGGAGCAACGUGGUCCCCAAGACGGAACCCAGUCACAGCCCCACAGACGCUGACAUGGACUCACAAGGGGAGGAUAAGGACGUGGAGGACACGGCUCAAAAACCAGCUGCAGUGUUCCGCUUCAGCCAGUUUGCCAAGGCGGGGGGCGGUAGCAGUGCUACCAAGAAGAGUGGCGGCCCUGAAGCAGCAGCCGGCGUCCCCAACAAGAAAACCAAGAGCAUCUACACACCGCUAGAGCUGCAGUUUAUAGAGAUCAAGGAGAAGCACAAGGAUACGCUGCUGUGCGUGGAGUGUGGAUACAAGUACAGAUUCUUUGGGGAAGAUGCAGAGAUUGCUGCCAAGGAGCUGAACAUCUUCUGCCACAUGGAUCACAACUUCAUGACGGCCAGCAUCCCCACCCAUCGCCUGUUUGUUCACGUCCGCCGCCUGGUAUCCAAAGGAUACAAGGUGGGUGUGGUGAAACAGACAGAGACCUCAGCCAUCAAAGCCUCAGGUGCCAAUAAGAGCUCCCUGUUCACCCGAGAACUCAGCGCCCUCUACACCAAGUCCACUCUGGUGGGGGAAGAUGUCAAUCCGCUCCUGAAGCUGGGAGACUUGGAGGAUGCUGAGGACGUGGUUCGGGACACGCCCAAUAGCUACCUCAUGUGUGUCUACGAGACCUGGGACAAACAGCUGAAGGAGUUUGUAGUGGGAGUUGUGGCGGUCCAGCCCACUGUUGGAGACCUGAUGGUGGACUGCUUCAAAGAUAACGCGUCCCGCUCCGAGCUGGAGGCCCGGGUGCUGCGUAUCCAGCCCGUGGAGAUCCUGGUGCCCUCUGACCUCUCCGAGGAGACGGAGAGACUGUUGUGUAACAUCGCCGUUGCCAGUGUUCAGGAAGAUGACCGACUCCGCAUUGAGCGUCGGGAGAGCUCCCAUUUUGAGUACGACACAGCCUUGAGCACGGUGAAGGACUUCUAUUCAGACCCAUCGCACCAGAGGCCGGACAACCAGGAAAAGGGCCCUGUCUCCUACCACACUCUGGAGCGCCCAGUGAUCUGCUGCCUGGGCCCCACCAUCCAAUACCUCACAGAGUUCAAACUGGAGAGAGUGCUGCACAGCUGCAGAGAGAUCCGUGAGAGGCAGGAUGCGGUGGCGGAGGUGCUGUCGUCUGACUCCAGCGUGCUGCCCGGCCUCACGACCCUCCUCAGCCGCCUGCCAGACCUGGAGAGGGGCAUCUGCAGCAUCUACCACAAGAAGUGCUCCACUCAGGAGUUCUACCUGAUCAGUAGCACGUUAGCAAGGUUAGCUACGGAGCUCCAGAGCGUGGCUCCCCUUGCCCAGGCCCAGCUCCACUCCAGCCUGCUGCAGGGCCUCCUACUGGGCCUGCCGCCACUGCUGGCCCCCGCCAGAGACUUCCUCCGCGUGCUCAACGAGAACGCCGCCAAGAAAGGAGACAAGACGGAGCUGUUUGCGGACCUGACGGACUUCCCUCUGAUCCGGGAGAGGAAGGAGGAGAUCCAGGCCGUCUUGCAGGAGGUCAUGGAGCACCGCAGGGAGGUGCGUCUCACUCUCAAGAACCCCUCGCUGGACUACGUAACCGUCUCUGGACAAGAGUUUCUGAUAGAGGUGAAGAACAGCAUGUCAUCCAUGGUGCCAAGGGACUGGAUCAAGAUCAGCAGUACUAAGGUGGUGGGCCGCUACCACUCCCCCUUCAUCGCUGAGAGGCAUCGUCAGCUCCUGCGGCUCAGGGAGCAGCUGGUUAUCGACUGCGGCCGCGAGUGGAUCAACUUCCUCCACUCGUUUGGGCAACACUACUACAUCCUCAGGAAAGCCGUGUGUCACCUAGCAACGCUGGACUGCAUCAUCUCCUUGGCGCAGGUUGCUAAGGAAAACAAUUACUGCAGGCCUGAACUGCAGGAGGGUGAGCGUCAGAUCGUGAUCCGAGAGGGACGCCACCCAGUCAUUGACGUGCUGCUGGGGGAACAGGACCAGUAUGUACCCAACGACACACACUUGCAGGGAGAGGGUAAGAGAGCCAUGAUCAUCACGGGCCCCAAUAUGGGUGGCAAGAGCUCCUACAUCCGGCAGGUGGCCCUCAUCACCAUCAUGGCACAGCUGGGCUCCUUCGUGCCCGCCCAGGAAGCCUCCAUCGGGGUGGUGGACGGCAUCUAUACCAGGAUGGGAGCCUCCGACAACAUCGCCAGAGGUCGGAGCACGUUCAUGGAGGAGCUGGUGGAGGCAUCUGAGAUUUUGGCGCGUGCAACAUCUCGCUCUCUGGUUAUCCUGGACGAGCUCGGCCGUGGAACCAGCACACACGAUGGCAUGGCUAUAGCCUAUGCCACCCUGGAGUUCUUCAUUAAGAAUGUGACGUCCUUGACUCUGUUUGUGACCCACUACCCACCCCUGUGUGAGCUGGAGAGAGCAUACCCAGAGCAUGUCGGCAACUAUCACAUGUCCUUUCUACUCAACGAGCCUGACACCACAGAGGACGAAGUGGAGGCGCGGCCAGAGUUCAUCACCUUCCUGUACCAGCUCACGGAGGGUGCAGCGGGCCGCAGCUACGGGCUGAACGUGGCCCGGCUGGCGGCCAUCCCAGAUCCCAUCCUCAGGACCGCCGCCACCAAGUCCAAGGAGCUGGAGGCCCUCGUCGACGCCAGGAGGAGGAAUGUGAAGCAGCUAUCUGACAUCUGGCUCAUCUCUGAUAAGGAAUCACUAGCUGGAUGGAUCCAAUCAAAUCUCUGAACUCUACUGUACUGUAUGUCAAGUCGACUGUUAUUUGAAUUUCUUGUCGGCUUAAGGUCUCUCAACUUUGAACUCCGCUAUUGAGUCUCAAUUAGGUCUUGCUUAUUGGUCUGUUCAGGCGGAUCUGAGACUGUAGUUCCCUAAUCAAUAUUUUCAAUUUCUCCUGAUCAUGAACAACUCUACACAUGAACACUCAGCUGCUUCUUCAGUGUCAGUGGUUGUUUUAGGGAUUCAAAAAUCGAACGAUUCAAGUAGACACCUGAAUGUUUUGGCUGCUGUAGUUGUGUGGAAAACAUGUCCUAAUAAGCAUUUGUAAUCAGAUGGCAAGGUACUUAGUUUUGCCACUAAUUACUUAAAAGUUUUAAUGGUGCUCUAAUAACAUUUGGUGUGUGCUCCAGUUACUUUUAUCCUCUUUACUGACAUGGAAAAUUAUGAUAUUUGUUUUGAAUUCAACAACUCAUUGGCAAUUUAAUUAUGUCAUUUCAUUGAUUCAGUGUGUUAACUGUGAAACACCCCUGGUCGGUGUCUUGUAAAAUUCUAUGCAUUUUCCCUGUUUCUGGAAAUAAAGUGUGUAGUAAAAGAAAAAAAAAUGGUCAGGAAUAAAAAGAAAAACAUGUUUGGAA